AUGGGGGCAGGCAUCUCCCCGGGGCUCCUCAUUGCCAUCGUCUGCAAUGGCUUUGUAGGCUUCUUGCUGCUGCCUCUCCGGGUCAUUCUCUGCUGGGCCUGCCACUCUUGCUCUGCUAACAUUGACUCUGUCUCUGAAUCCAGUCCCAACUCCAGCCCUGGCCCCUGUCAUGAGAAGCCUACACUGCUCCAAACGCCUAGCCAUAAAGUCAGCUACCUGCUGCAACCGUGA